CAGAUUGAAGGAUUGAAGCACGACUCCCACCUUCUCUCCUCCCACGCGUUCAACAACCCGCUGCUGCCGCUUCUGUUCUCAGUGAGUUCACUUCUUCUUCUGCCAUUUCUUUGUGGAUAACGAAAUCUGCUGGCCCAAACAACAAUCAUGGUCCAAGCUAAGACAUGGAGCCUGACCAAGCACUUUGACGGCUUCCCGAAGGACAGCGACCUUGAGCUCAAGGUGGAGGAGCUCCCUCUGAUCAAACUUUCUGAACAACCUCAAAACAACUCUCUUGAACACACAUGUUGGACGAGAGUGAUUCAAAGUAAUUACCCAGCAUUUCCUGUGGGAAGCCAUGUUAUUGGUCGUUGUGGCUGGAGAACCCACACAGUCUGUGACGGGACUGACCUCAUUCCCAUCAUGCCUGACUGGCCGCAAGACGAGGCCUUCAACUACAAGACUGUUGGCUCCCUGGAGGAGACACUGAAGAAAGCUUCUCCAGACGGAUAUGACUGCUUCUUUGAAAAUGUGGGAGGUCCUUCCUCAAGUGUUGCCUUGCAACAGAUGAAGAAUUUUGGAAGAAUCGCCGUGUGUGGAGCUAUUUCCACCUACAAUGACACCACGCCUCAAACAGGUGGCAAACUGCAGUGUCGGGAGCACAUCACACAAGGCUUUGAGAAGAUGCCAGCUGCUUUCAUGGGGAUACUGAAGGGAGAAAACGUCGGCAAGGCUAUUGUCGCAAUCUGAUGUGGAUCAAAGAAGAAGAAUCUGUAUUAUUAAUUACUGACGCGUUAUUACAGAAUUCAUACAUGAAGGAUUUAACAAUAAACACUUACAACUAACCAGCUAUUUUCAUAUUAACAUGUUACAAAAUGUGAUUUAUACAUUUUAGCGUUAGGUCAUUGUUAGAAAGUUGAGACUGAAACUAUUGAUUCUUUAAAAUUCAGAUGGUUUCAUGAGACUGGAGCGUUCUGCUAGGUUUUGAAUAUGUAUUCAUGGUAAGACACGUUUCUUUUGUAAUGCAUUUAAAGAAUAAAGGCAAAAUAAAAACCCAUUUUACUUUAAAGGA